CGGCACACUUAGCUCUGCUGCAGACCAUACACAGCAUACAGUGAUGGAGAAAGCUAUUUCUGGCUGCUUUUUCCAGCAAAUGUAUUCUUCCCUGACUAGUAUUUCUAUGGAGAGAGACCACAUGAAAGAUCUCAGAAGAUACCUGGUACUUAAAUAUAUCCAAUACCUUGUCCUGUCUUCUUCAAAUGCUGUCAGCACCCUUCUGGGCUUGCUGGGCAGCUUGUACGUGACAAUCAUCCUGCAGUCUGCAAAGGUUUCAUCCAAGUCCACCACAGUUCUCAUCGCGAGUCUAGCAAAAGCAGACAUCCUGGUUUCUGUUAGUGUUGCUGCUGAAAUGGUCGCGUGGACCUUUGAUGUUGCUAUCUCAUCUCCAGCAUUCGCCUCGGCCCUGCUGCAGAACCUGCUCACUGCAAACGCACACAUCAGCGCCUUGCUGCUGAGCUGCGUUGCCCUCGAAGCUUACUUGAUCACCUUCUUCCCCACAGAGUCUCGCCAUCUGCGGACAGUGAAAAAUGCCCGACGGACUUCCAGGAUCAUCUGGCUCUUGGUAGCCGCCGAGUGCAUCCUGUUCCAGACAGAUGACCUCCUGAAGGCCGGCAGCUCUCCUGCUCCCGUCUGCAGCCUCUUGGUGUUUCAUUUCUCCAGCAGGGCCGCAGCCCUUCUCAGGUCCCUCAGUUACUUCCUGGGCAUUCUUCUAAGGAUUGUCAACGUGUACUUCUACUACAAAAUAUUUUUCAGCAUGUCCAACAGAUCUACACUAAAAACAAAGUAGUGCAUAUUGCCAGAGAAGGCAGUGCUGUGACACCAAACAGAAGACACUUCAAUGCAAGCUCCAGGUAUUGGUUUGAAAACCAUUUUGCUGUGUUUGUGCUAGCAGCCUGAGCACAACGCGGUCCCGCUUUGCAUGUUCUCAAUCUAGAGUUUGUUCACUGUGCAGGUGAAACAAACGACAUUUCAUUCAGGGUUGGGAGAAGUGAAAAAAUCCAAGUAUUUUUAUAUAAAAAGGGUGCUUAGAGGCUUACUCAGGGAUCUGUUGAGCCAAGAGCUGUAUAAUUGUACACUAAGGACAUUGCCUAUGUCCUAAAAUCUUGCUAACCCAGGUGAACCACUGGGACCAGCAGGUAGGAUCAAAAGACAAGGCGAGCCCCAAGCUGAGCUCAUGGGCUGGUCCCAUGGCCAGCAUCAGCCCCGCCACGAGAGUUCGCAGGACAGAGCGAGGCAGAGCUGCCACCUUGGUGUGCCCAUGGAGCUGCUCCUGGGAGGUGACCACAGCAGGGUAGUGUCUGGCACAUCCCCAGCCAGAAAUGCCAGAAUGCAACCGUUUGCUGCAGCCCUACAACUGGAGAGAGGGCUUGAGAAAAACCCUGUGCUGAGUACUCCGUGUCCUGUACCCGGAGGGAGCUGGGAUUUUGGUGGCUGUGGUUUCCGAGGCAGAGAAGGACACACAGGGGUUAGCAGAGGUGUUCCAGGCGCCUUGGGGGUGCGGAAGAGCAGGGCCAUGGGUGCUCCUCUGACCACGCUGAAGCUCAGGUGGAUGUGUGACAGAGCUGCUACCCGGCUGUGGUGAUUCCUGGGGUCCCCUCGAGGCACUGGGAGGUUAUCAGCGAACAUAAAGUACCCCAGCUACCUCGGAUGCUCCCUGACGCACAAAAGCACACAGCUAUGUCCUCCUGCACUGUGUGGGAGACGGCCUCCAGCUUCAGAAAGGUUUUAAAUCAUCUGAGAACGCCUCCCGGUGUUGCCUUGCCUUCAGUAUCUAUGCCUCAGUUUCCUCGUCUGUGUGGCGGGGAUGGGGAUAACUGCAUUUUGUCCCCCCUCAAGGGGGCCGAGAGAUUAAACUUCUGCGGCAUGUUCUGCAACCCAGGGAUCAUAAAAGAUGGAAAGAAAAGCGAAAUAAGCCCAAAUUAACGUAUUAAUAGCCCAAAUGCUGCAUAGAGCCUCCCUCUGCCAUGUUUCCAGACAUUCACCUUGCCAGCUUGAACACAGCAGUAAAACUCUGCCUACCUGAGAAGGAAAAGACUGUGGGGCACAAAGCCCAAGUGCAAUGGAUUUUGGUUCCAAGCUGCCCCCCUCCAGGCUGUGUUAGGUCCUCACACGCAAACCUGUACCCGUGAGUACCUGACGUGCCCCACUAGCACCAGCUCCUGGGCAAUUAGACCGUUAGGGCUGAAAACUGGAUCUGUGGGCACUUGUCUGAGUGGCCUGUGAUCCAAGGCGACAGGAGGCCCAGGAGCUGUCAAUUAGAGAUGAGACUUCAGAGAGACAAAGCAAGCAGCGAGUGCGGAGGAGUUUCCUGCUCUGCUCCUCUCACCAGCUAGUUUCUAAAUUUCGCAAUCACACUCUUUGUACUUGGUCUCAGAAUUUUUUUUUUUUCCCCCCUCCUUCACCACAAUAAACUUGAUCCUCCCUGCUUCCUUUCCUCCUUCUCUUUGCGUUUCUUCACGAUCCUUGUUACACUCCCUGAGAAAGGGCUGGAUCAUUGCUUCUACGUCAACAAUCAAACAGUAAUAAUGUGGAUGCACUUGGCUGGCUCUAAGAGGCGAAAGCACUGAGCUCUUACCUACAACUGCUGAAAUCUUUUAAAAUUGUCUAAUCAGUUUGGCUGCAGUAACAGAUUAAAAAAAAAAUAGAAGAAGAAAAAAAAGAUGAAUAUUUUUAUUAUGGAAAUUCAAAGAAGUUUGCUGUGUACGUGCAGUUAUUUAUGAUAAAUAUUGGUGGUGUCAGAGCUCCUGUCUGCAGAGAUGUGGACAAUGCAGGGCCAGAAGAGAGUGAAGAGUGCCUGACAUGUUUCUCAGAGGGCUCAGAGGAAGCACUGCUGAGGGCUGGGUAUCGAGCAAAAGCAGAACAGAAACAUAAUCAAGUCACUUAAAAAACUUUGAUGCAAUCCCUUAAACUAGGAUGUUGCCCAACAAAGCCGAUUUCUUCCACAAGAAGGACAUAUUAAUAAUUAGAGGUACUGUGACGUGUUUGUAUUUUGAAAGCCUGAAGUACUACUUUCAUGAGAAACUAAAUGCUACCUGAAGUGCCGUAAUAAAUAAAGUUCUGUUUGUUAAAGC